GCCCAAUGGGAGCGGCAGCCCGGCCGCCCCGCCCCGCGCCGCCGGACGCUGUGCCGGGACAUGGCUGCCGCCGGUGCCGGGUCCUUGAGCUGAGCGCCCGCCGCCGGGAGCCAACCGUCGCCUUCAACCGUCCGCGCGGGCGGGCCGAGGCGCCGGCGGGCGGGCGAGCAGCCGCAGCCGCCGCGCAGGAAGAGGAGGCAGCAGCAGGAGGCCCCAGCGGCCGCUGCGGCUGUGCACAUGGCGUCCAUCUUAUUGAGGAGCUGCUGCGGCCGGGCGCCCUCUCGCCUCCCGCCGCCCCGCACCGCCGCCCCGAGGGGUACUCUGAGAGAUCGUGCCUGCCUCAGCUGUGCCAACACCGUGGGGCUGAUAAAUCACCUGAUCGUGCCAUUUCACUGCCGCACUCCUGUCCACCCUGUGCACCUUUGCUUCAAAGCUGAUCCCCGUGGCUACUGGACUCUGAGGCCCGAGCGCACAUGCUCAGCAGCUGGAGCACCAUGGGCCCUCACUUCUGCCAGUCUGGUCGUCCCAGGGCCACUGUUCCUUCCCUUGCGCUGCUGGCACUCAUCGGCCCCGCUGGGCGAUGACUCUGUGGUGGAGAAGUCCCUCAAGUCCCUAAAGGACAAGAACAAGAAGCUGGAGGAGGGUGGCCCCGUGUACAGCCCCCCACCAGAGGUGGCCGUGCGGAAGUCCCUGGGGCAGAGGGUCGUGGAUGAGCUAAAGCACUAUUACCAUGGCUUCCGCCUGCUGUGGAUCGACACCAAGAUCGCAGCGCGUAUGCUUUGGCGAAUCCUGCACGGCCACAGCCUGACCCGCCGGGAGCGCAGACAGUUUCUCCGGAUAUGCGCUGACCUCUUUCGCCUGGUCCCCUUCCUGGUCUUUGUGGUGGUGCCAUUCAUGGAGUUCCUGCUUCCUGUCGCUGUGAAGCUCUUCCCCAACAUGUUGCCAUCUACGUUUGAGACCCAGUCCAUCAAGGAGGAGAGGCUGAAGAAGGAGCUGCGGGUCAAGCUGGAGCUGGCCAAGUUCCUCCAGGACACCAUUGAGGAGAUGGCCCUGAAGAAUAAGGCAGCCAAGGGGAACGCCACCAAAGACUUCUCCGUGUUUUUCCAGAAGAUCCGAGAGACUGGCGAGAGACCCAGCAAUGAGGAGAUCCUGCGUUUCUCCAAGCUGUUUGAGGAUGAGCUGACUCUGGAUAAUCUGACUCGGCCGCAGCUGGUGGCCCUGUGCAAGCUGCUGGAGCUCCAGUCCAUUGGCACCAACAACUUUCUGCGUUUCCAGCUCACCAUGAGGCUGCGGUCCAUCAAGGCUGACGACAAGCUGAUCGCCGAGGAAGGGGUGGACAGCCUGAAUGUCAAGGAGUUGCAGUCAGCAUGUCGGGCACGAGGCAUGCGGGCCCUCGGGGUCACAGAGGACCGUCUGAGAGACCAACUGAAGCAGUGGCUGGAGCUGCACCUGCACCAGGAGAUCCCGACGUCCCUGCUCAUCCUGUCCCGGGCCAUGUACCUCCCGGACACCCUCUCACCCGCCGACCAGCUCAAGUCCACGCUGCAGACACUCCCAGAGAUCGUGGCGAAGGAGGCCCAGGUCAAGGUGGCCGAAGUGGAGGGUGAGCAGGUGGACAACAAGGCCAAACUGGAGGCCACACUGCAAGAGGAGGCAGCCAUCCGGCGUGAACACUUGGAGAAGGAGCUGCAGCGGCGCCCCGACGCGGCGAAGGAAGUGGAGCCGGAAGUGGCGGCAGAGGCUGCCCCUGGGAGUCCUGCGGCCGAGCUGCAGCCCGGAGUGCCUGAGGCUACCCUGCCAUCAGAGGCCCUGAAGGACACGGCCCCUGUCCUAGAAGGCUUGAAGGAAGAGGAAAUAACGAAAGAGGAGAUCGACAUACUCAGCAAUGCCUGCUCGAAGCUGAAAGAGCAGAAGUCGUCCCUGACCAAGGAGAAGGAAGAGCUGGAGCUGCUCAAGGAGGACGUGCAGGACUACAGCGAGGAUUUGCAAGAGAUCCAGAAGGAGCUUUCGAAGACCGGCGAAGAAAUCUAUGUAGAGGAGUCGAAAGCCAGCAAGAGGCUGACGAAGAGGGUGCAGCAGAUGAUUGGGCAGAUCGAUAGCCUGCUCUCACAGCUGGAGGCAGGCCCAGAGGCCGGCAGGCUGGGUCCCACGGCCGAGCAGCCACCCGCAGGGGAGACUGUCAUCAGCAUCGCUGAGCUCAUCAGUGCCAUGAAGCAGAUCAAGCACAUUCCAGAAAACAAGCUCAUCAGCUUGGCCUCUGCGCUGGAUGAAAACAAGGAUGGCAAGAUCAACAUCGAUGACCUUGUCAAGGUGAUCGAGCUGGUGGAUAAAGAGGACAUCCACAUCUCCACCAGCCAGGUGGCCGAGAUCGUGGCCAUGUUGGAAAAGGAGGAGAAGGUGGAGGAGAAGGAGAAGGCCAAGGAGAAGGCUGAGAAGGAGGCCGCGGAAGUGAAGAAUUAGGGCCUGCCCCCGUCCCGGGCACCUUGGGGCCCCUCCCGCAUUGGCCUCCGUCCUGCAGCGCCAGUUGUCGGGCCCUGCUGUGCUAGUGAAGUCUUUGAGGUGAUUCUUAAUGACAAACCUAAUAUUUUGUCUGGAAUAAAUCAGAAACUUCCAUAACCAAGUAAUUUUUAAUUUUCAUCAUUCCAUGAAGAUUCAUUCAGUCUGGAAUCCCAAACCCUUCCAGGGAAUCAUGUCUGGAUUCACAGAGUGGCACGAUGCUGCCGUGGCCCCAGCCAUGGUGGCCACAUGUAUAGCCCACCGAUGCUGGGGAGUCUACACAGGCUUCCUGGUUCCGGAGGUGGGUCCAGGGCAGGAAGGUGCCUCCCUUCCAGCGUGCACUGUACCCUGCUGGUGCCUGUCCCAGGAGGAGAAAGGGCCUGCUCUGUGGACGCCCCAUGCCUUUGGAGCUUGAGGCAUACAGAUGGGGAGGACAGAAGCGCAGCCCACCAUGAUGGCUCAAGAGAAGACAUGCCUAUUAUCUGCGGACCUGGAGUCCUGACCAGCAGCCUACGUAGCAGUGAUUCCUGCACAUUUCCAGAGUCGUCUCUGGCACAACUGGGAUACUGUGGCCUCUGGACAAGCACAGAUCUGCGACAGGGAUGUGGUGCCUUGUGCAGGCCUCCUGUGACAUCAGUUCUUGCUUGGUUUAACCUCUGGCAUGGCCCUAACCCUUAACCAGCUGACUAGUACCGGAUGUUUGCACACCACUGUGCGUCCGCCCUGUAACAGCGCGUGAGAGUUAUGCUGGGAGAGAUGCUCAUGAAGCCCUUAGAAAGUAAGGCUUUCUACUCGACUGAUCAUGGUGUCGUGGCUUUCAGAGAGUCUCCCCGUGGGUGACCGAGUGGAUCGUGCUGAGCGUUCAGGGAUGGUGAGGGGCGCUCUGGGCAUACGCUCCUGCUCCCGGGGUAGGGCAUCCUGAGGGGCUUUCAGAAAGGCGGCACCCCUGGAGGGGGGCCAGCCCAGCACUCGGGCUUUGGGAUGUCAGGCUCGCCUGAUGCACCCCACAGCUGGAGUGGGGCAGCAUCCAUGGGCUUGAUGUCUGGCCACCUCAGCACCCCUGGCAGCUUAGGUAGGGGUGCUCUAUGGGGGCUGGGGCUGUGGUCUCAGCUCCGUCAGACCUGUCCUUCAGACACCAGGUCUGUUAUGGGCAAGAAUGUUUUCUUGGGGGAAUGCAGGCAUAGGCUUGGAAGACCUAGAAACAGAGUGGCCAGGUGAGCCAGGACAGGAGCAUGAGGGCCCAGGAAGGAUGGCUUCCAAAUUACUUGAAAUGUUUUACUCAGCCAUUAAAAAGGAAACUUGACAAAAUAGGAAUAAAAUUCUGUAUUCUCAAAUGUAAACCUUUGUAAAGUAACAGUUGGGUUCUAAAGGGUUUUUAUUUCGAUUAUUUGAGAAAGAAGUAUAUAUAUUCUAGAUGCUUAAUUAAACUAUUUAUGAAUUACCUUA